UCCAGCGGUUCCUCUGGCUCCUCUCCCAACGGCUCCGGCUCCAACGGUGCCUCUCCUAGCGGUGCCAGUGCCGAUUCUGCCACUACUCCUUGUGACACCAUUGUCAGCGAGACUGUUAUCCCUGUUGCUACCAACACUGAGGGUGGCUCUGUUCCCACUGCUCCUGCUCAGACUGGUGCUGUGCCCACUGGCACCGCUCCCGCUGGCGGUGCUGCUCCCUCUGGUGGUGCCCCUGGUGGUGCCGCUCCUUCCGGUGCCGCUCCCUCGGGUGGUGCUGCCGGCGGUGCUGGUGGUGAUGCCUCCGCCACUCCUUGCGAAACCUCCGUUAGCGAGACUGUCGUCCCCGUUGGUACCCAGACUGUGGGUGGCUCUGGCGCCGCUCCUUCUGGUGGCGUCGCUGGUGGUGAGGCUCCCUCUGGUGUUGCCAGCGUUCCUGCUGUCCCUACUUCCAGCACCGUCCCCGAGGGUGCCAGCGCUGACUCCACCACCACUCCUUGCGACACCCUCGUUACUGAGACUGUCAUCCCUGUUGCUACUCAGACUGAGGGCUCUCCUGCCCCCAGCGGCACCGCCGCUGAGGGAGGCUCCGCCCCCCAGAUCACCACCGCUCCUGUCGCAGGCUCCGGCUCCGGCUCGGGCUCCGAUGUGGUCACUGUCACUGUCACCACCACUGUGAGCGUCGCUGCUUGCGAGUAA